UAUGUAAAAGACCAAGUUGCGGCACCUAUAUAUCUAAACACUAGUUUUCAGUUUCUCAUUGUCCGGCAACCAAAUCAAUUAUCUAUAGCUCCUUGAUAGUGAGAUCAGAAUUACGGAAAUGGUCACCGAAAAGUCUGAAUUAAGCCGUGGGAGGAGACGUCGUUUGCGCAUGGCAGAAAGUGACACUAUUGAGACUAAGUGUACUAAGAGACGCCGAAGAGAUACCUCCACUGGUGCACUAGGCUGCAACAAUAAACAAGAAGAACAACAGCAGCAACAAUUACAAGGUGAUCAACCUACUGCCACUACAGUGAAGAGAAGUUCAAGAUUCCGGGGUGUCAGCAGACAUCGAUGGACUGGGAGGUUCGAAGCUCACUUGUGGGAUAAAAGUUCCUGGAAUCCAACACAAAGGAAGAAGGGAAAACAAGUUUAUCUUGGAGCUUAUGAUGAAGAAGAAUCUGCGGCUAGAGCCUACGAUUUGGCUGCUAUCAAGUACUGGGGAACAUCUACUUUCACUAAUUUUCCGGUAUCUGAUUAUGAGAAGGAAAUUGAGAUAAUAAAAAGUGUAACAAAGGAGGAAUAUUUACCCUCUUUAAGAAGGAGAAGCAGCGGUUUCUCAAGGGGUGUUUCCAGGUUUAGAGGAGUUGCAAGGCAUCAUCACAAUGGGAGAUGGGAGGCAAGAAUAGGGAGGGUGUUUGGAAACAAAUAUCUUUAUCUUGGCACAUACAGUACACAAGAGGAGGCUGCUCAUGCUUAUGAUAUUGCAGCAAUUGAGUAUAGAGGGAUCAAUGCAGUUACCAACUUUGACCUAAGCACAUACAUCAGAAGGCUAAAACCUAGAGCCAAUCGUGCCCUCGCUUCUGAAGAACUUAAAACAACCAAGACAACAUCUUCUAACCUUUUUCCAACUGACCAGACAAAUGACUUACCUCUCUUCAGCUCCAAUCCUUUCACAGUAGAAGCAUUAGACAGCCCAAAGGAACAAGAUAUUUUGCUAAAGAAGGCCCCUGGUAGUCCUUGCGCCAAGUCAUCGCCCCCAACAGCACUUAGCCUGCUGCUUAGGUCUUCAAUGUUUAACAAACUAGUAGAGCAGAACUUGAAUGCAAACUUUGAUGAAAUUGAAGAGAACGACACAAAGGAGCUGAAUGAGAUAGCUGAUAACAAUGGAGCGGGAGAAAUGUUCUAUAAUGAAAUUGAUCACGUCCCUUUUAUGUGCUCCUCCAGCAGAGGAAUCUUGCCUGGUUUAGAAUCAGAAGAAAAUAACUUGCCAUUAUAUAACAAAACAGGGCAGUCCCGUGGAAUGGUGCCUUAA